GGAGGCGAGAGGAAUAAAGGGGUCGUAGGAGAGAGCGUCCGGUGUUGAUACCAUUAAAUCUUCAAUCAUCUGCUUGUUGAUUAGGCUAAAACAGCUCCGUCUUAUCGAGGCAUCUUGAAAACAUAGUCGGUAAAGCGGAGGUCGGAAGAUUUGUUGAUAAAAGGCAACGACAAACGGAAAAAGUGUGUAUUUGUUCGCCGCCCGGUAUCGGCCGAGCUAACGGGAGUUAGCAGCAUUAGCACGACAUACCGGGGCCCAGUCUUCAGUCUUAUUUUUCAGUGAUACUUCUUAUUUUCUCGACACUUUGAAGCGCGAUGGCUUGUGGCGCUACUUUGAAAAGGACUCUGGAUUUUGAUCCGUUAAUGAACCAGGCUUCGCCCAAAAGGCGAAGGUGCGCCCCGGUUAUGUCUCCGGUGUCUUCGCCGCAGAAGUAUCUGCGUAUGGAGCCGUCGCCUUUCGGGGAAGUGUCGUCCAGACUCACCGCGGAGCAAAUUCUCCACAACAUCAAGCAGGAGUACAAGCGACUGAAGCGGCGACACCUGGACAGUGCUCUCCAGCAGGUGGACGGCUGCUGUCCUCUGGACCUGCACAACAUCCCUGGUGCUUCGGCCCUCCCAGGUACGUCUUCAGGCGCCUCUCCCGUCAGGAAAGAACAGCCGUUAUUCUCCCUCAGACAGGUCGGGAUGAUCUGCGAGAGACUACUGAAGGAGCGAGAGGACAAAAUUCGCGAGGAGUACGACGAGAUUCUGACCACAAAGCUCGCAGAGCAAUAUGAUGCGUUCGUCAAGUUCACGCACGACCAGCUGAUGCGACGGUUUGGAGAGCAACCUGCCAGCUACGUUUCCUGAGUGUCGGCGUCUUGUUUCUGCGAGCUCCUGCAGGGCCUCGGUGGGUCUGGUUGGACUUUUCUCCUCGCUGUGCCAUAUUGCCUCUCUGUGGACUCACUGCCUCAGGCGUGGACGUUAGGGGGGCUUCCUCCUGCCGACGUGCCCCAAGACUCUUUCUGCGACUCCCAGUGGUCUCUUCACUGCCGUAUUGAUAUGUUUGGCUCUGUUCUGAUGCCUUUGUGAAAGGCAGACUGUCGACACACUUUUUCUGAUUUUACUUGAUUUUUUUUUUUUUUUUUCGUCACUCAGUUAUUUCACACAGAGAGGGUUUUUAGCUGCAGCUUUUUAUCAAAGCAUUUUGAAAAAGGGAUGAUGAGCAGAAUGGAGGCAGCUUUGUGAUUGGACUACAGUAACAGCAGAAGUCUUGGCUUUUUUUUGACAUUGUUAAAGCAUUGUAUACACUGUAUUUUAUUUUUUAUUUUAGUUUUGUUCAUUGUUCCAGAUUUUUAUGAUUAUAUCUGCUGUCGGUAUCAAAACAGGCUUUGAUUUGA